AUGGACGCCUCCGCCGGCUCGCCGCCACCGCACUCCCAAGAGAACCCGCCGGAGCACGGUGGCGACCUGGGGGAGGCCCCGGCGGAGGAGAUCGGUGGGGAGGCGGGGGAUGACUUCCUAUUCGCGGAAGACACGUUCCCGUCCCUCCCGGACUUCCCUUGCCUCUCGUCGCCGUCCAGCUCCACCUUCUCGUCGUCGUCGUCGUCCAACUCCUCCAGCGCCUACACCAACGCGGCAGGAGGGGCUGGCGGCGGCGCUGACGGCGCCGCCGGCGAGCGCUCCGGGCCUGCAUCGGCCGGUGAAGGAUUCGAUGCGCUCGAUGACAUCGACCAGCUCCUCGACUUCGCGUCGCUGUCCAUGCCGUGGGACUCCGAGCCGACGUUCCCCGAAGUUAGCAUGAUGCUGGAGGACGCUAUGUUCGCGCCGCCGCAUCCCGUUGGCGACGGCAGACGCGAAGGUAAAGCCGUGCUGGAAGGGACCGGGGGAGAGGAGGCCUGCAUGGAUGCGGCUGCGGCGCCGGGUGAGGACCUGCCGCGGUUCUUCAUGGAGUGGCUCACGAGCAACCGUGAAAACAUCUCGGCCGAGGAUCUCCGCAGCAUCCGCCUCCGCCGCUCCACCAUCGAGGCAGCCGCCGCCCGGCUCGGCGGCGGGCGCCACGGCACCAUGCAGCUGCUCAAGCUCAUCCUUACCUGGGUGCAGAACCAUCACCUCCAGAGGAAGCGCCCUCGCGACGCGAUGGAGGAGGCGGCGGUAUUGCACGGCCACGGACAGAGCCAGCUCUCCAGCCCGGGGGUCAACACCGGAUAUGAGUUCCCCGCCGGCGGCCAGGACAUGGCGGCCGGCAGCGGCGCAUCCUGGAUGCCCUACCAGCAGCCGUUCACGCCACCUGCUUACGGCGGCGACGCCGUUUACCCGGGCGCCGCAGGCCAAUACCCUUUCCACCAGAGCUCCAGCACGAGCAGCGUGGUCGUGAGCAGCCAGCCGUUCUCCCCGCCGGCGGUGGGCGACAUGCACGCCGCGGGCGGCGGGAACAUGGCCUGGCCGCAGCAGUACGUGCCGUUCCCUGGUGCUUCCGCGGGCUCUUACCCUAUGCCGCCCGUCGUGGCGCAGCCGUUCUCCCCCGGAUUCGGCGGGCAGUACGGCGGCGCCGCCCACCCCAUGGGCCCCCAACGCAUGGCAGGCGGGGAGGCCUCCGCGACCAAGGAGGCCCGUAAGAAACGCAUGGCGAGGCAGCGGCGCCUGUCCUGCCUUCAGCAGCAGCGCAGCCAGCAGCUGAACCUGGCCCAGAUCCAGGUCCCCGUCCACCCGCAGGAGCCAUCUCCUCGGUCGGUGCACUCCGCGCCGGUCACGCCGUCAGGCGGUGGCUGGGGUUUCUGGUCGCCGGGAAGCCAGCAGCAGGUCCAGAACCCGCUCUCCAAGUCCAAUUCCUCGAGGGCGCCGAUGCAGCAGGUGCCGCGCUCCCCGGAGGCGCCGGCGGAGGGGGCGCCACCGGUGAAUCCGGCGCCCGGUGCUCGGCAGGAAGAGAGCCCCCAACGCUCGACAGCUUCAGAUAAGCGGCAGGGGGCGAAGUCGGACAAGAACCUGCGCUACCUGCUGCAGAAGGUUCUGAAGCAGAGCGACGUCGGGAGCCUCGGCCGCAUCGUGCUCCCCAAAAAGGAAGCGGAGGUUCACCUGCCGGAGCUGAAGACGAGGGAUGGCAUCUCCAUCCCCAUGGAGGACAUUGGGACAUCGCGGGUCUGGAACAUGCGGUACAGGUUUUGGCCCAACAACAAGAGCAGAAUGUAUCUGUUGGAGAACACCGGGGAAUUUGUUCGUUCCAAUGAGCUUCAGGAGGGGGAUUUCAUAGUGAUCUACUCUGAUGUCAAGUCUGGCAAAUAUCUGAUACGGGGCGUGAAGGUGAGGCCUGCUCAUCAGGACCAGGGCAAUGGUUCCAGCGCGGUAGGCAAGAACAAGCAUGGGUCUCCAGGUCCAGAGAAAGCCGGUGGUUCUUCUGAUGACGGCAUCGUCAUCGCCGACGGGACCAACAAGCCUGACGGCGCCUGCAAGGGGAGGUCGCAGCAAGGUGCGAGGCGGGCUCGCCACCAGGGAGCCGCCUCCAUGGCUGUGAGCAUCUGA